UAACAGUGAUUAAAUAGGAAAUACAUUUAAGUUAUAACUUAUUCAUUGUCCAGAUUUGUUGUCAGUCAGUGUUUGGAGAAAAAAAGGACAACGACAACAGCUCAUUUCCUCCAGCAUUGAAAAGGGAAAAAAAUAGCUCCCACAGCUGACACUGACAACUCACUUGCUGAUGCUCAGUGAGUAUGUCUGUUAACCAUUUAUUAGGAUUAGGGAUAGUUGUAAGGAUUCUGCUCUGCUGGGUUAUCACCACGCCCAUGCUAGAGUAGUGUCAGUAGUGUUGAUGCAAUGUGCACCAACAAUAAGAGUAUUUUUAUGAAUGAACAAAUAUGUGGAGGACCACAUUUUUGAAAAUUAGUUUGCUUUGUUAUGUAUUAUGUAUUUCCAGCCCUGAGACUGAUACUAAUGUUGGCUAGGGCAGUGGGAAAGGGGUAGGGUUGUUUGCAGUUAAACUGUACCUGCUGUUGUCCCAGGGCUUUGUAGUGGUGUUCUGCUGUGUGUGUGUGUGCGUGCGUGCGUGCGUGUGUGUGUGUGUGUGUGUGUGUGUGUGUGCGUGCGUGCGUGCUAGAAAGGGAGGGGAGAGCAGGCAUGUGAAGGUCAGAUCAGACGAGAUGACAGACCUUUUCAUGUCUGCCUACUUCAGAUUAGUGAAGUGUCACCUCCAGUCAAUCUGACCCUGAGUCUCUGGACAGUACAUGCUAUCUGUUUUAUCUAGGAUUUGGACUGUUCGAAGAGAAUCCCUAAACUCAACCAUGAGUGUUUCCCACGAAACCUGCCUCCUGGACCAGGUGCUGGAGCUGAUUAUGAAUGAGAAGCCCCCCAACACUGCCAGCCUUUUCCUGAACGAGGACGCCGACAAGCCCCCCCUCCCCAAUCGAGGCCUCUGGCGGCGGCUACGUAGAGCCAUGCAGAAGAGAGCGGCCAGCACCCAGGACAGGAUGAGCACCAUCACUAAGAAGAGCAUCAAGGGCUUCCUGAAACGCAACCUCUUUGUCCUCCUCACCAUCGCAGCAGUGGCUCUGGGUGUCAUGCUGGGUUUCGCCCUGCGGCCCCACAACCUGACCCUCAGGGAGAUCAAGUACUUUGCCUUCCCUGGAGAGCUGCUGAUGAGGAUGCUGCAGAUGCUGGUUCUGCCUCUCAUCGUCUCCAGCCUGGUCACAGGUAUUUCCUCUCUGGACAGCAAAGCGUCUGGGAAGAUGGGAAUGCGGGCUGUGGCUUAUUACAUGGUGACCACCCUCAUCGCUGUCUUCAUUGGCAUCGUCAUUGUGAUUGUCAUCAAACCAGGGAAAGGCCAUAGGGACAGCCCAGUGGCCUCUAGCGGUACCAUAGAGCCGGUACACGCAGCUGACGCCUUCCUGGAUCUCAUCAGGAACAUGUUCCCUCCUAAUUUGGUGGAAGCCUGUUUCAAGCAGUACAAAACGGUCUACAAGAAGACCAUCCACACGAAGAACGUGACUGUUGCCCUCAGUCUGACUGACUCCCUCAAUGCUACAGAGGCUGCCUUGGCUGUUAACAUGAGCAGAGUGCUGCAGACCAUCCAGGAAACAGUGGUGGAGAUGAUCCCCGUGUCUGGUUCCUCUAACGGGGUGAACGCCCUGGGUCUGGUGGUGUUCUCCAUGUGCUUCGGCCUGGUCAUUGGCAGCAUGAAGCAGCAGGGACAGGCUCUCAGGGACUUCUUCGACUGCCUCAACGAAGCCAUCAUGCGCCUGGUGGCUAUCGUCAUCUGGUAUGCUCCAGUGGGCAUCCUGUUCCUCAUAGCAGCUAAGAUCGUGGAGAUGAAGAAUCUGGCCGAGGUGGGAGGUCAGCUGGGGAUGUACACGGUGUCUGUCAUCGUGGGUCUGCUCAUCCACGGCUUGUUUGUCCUGCCCCUGCUCUACUUCCUGGUCACCAGGAAGAACCCCUACACUUUCAUGGCUGGCCUUCUGCAGGCCCUCAUCACAGCACUGGGAACAUCCUCUAGCUCUGCCACCCUGCCCAUCACCUUCCGCUGUCUGGAGGAGAACAACCGUGUGGACAAGAGAGUGACACGCUUCAUCCUUCCCGUGGGUGCCACCAUCAACAUGGAUGGAACUGCCCUCUACGAAGCCGUGGCAGCCAUCUUCAUCGCCCAAGUCAACGACAUGGAACUCAACUUUGGCCAGAUCCUCACCAUCAGUAUCACAGCAACAGCUGCCAGCAUCGGCGCAGCAGGCAUCCCACAGGCUGGUCUGGUUACCAUGGUAAUCGUAUUGACAUCGGUGGGACUACCCACAGAGGACAUAACGCUGAUCAUCGCUGUGGAUUGGUUCCUGGAUCGCUUAAGGACUACCACCAACGUGCUGGGGGACUCUAUCGGGGCAGGCAUCGUGGAGCACCUGUCUCGCCAGGAGUUGCAGAGCCAGGAUGUUGAGGUGGGCAACUCAGUGAUUGAAGAGAAUGAGAAGCCCUACCAGCUCAUCUGCCAGAAAAACGACUCAGUGAAGCAUCGCAACAGUGAGACCCCCAUGUAGGGGUUAUGACAGUCUGAAAGCAUCCACUAGCUACUACCGUACUUCUUCAGUGUUUGUAGAUAUGGAGGAACUGGAUAGGUGUAAGCAAUAUGGGGAAAGCUAUUGGAUGCCUAGGUGGAGCCAUCACCAUAUUGCUAAUAACACUUAUCUGGGUAACUUCAGGUCUGCAAACACUGUAGGGAUAGUGGCUGGAGAUUGUUUUGACACUGUUAACCAUAUCAACUCAUAUCAACUGUUUUGGUCCUUUCAGUUCAAAUCUGAGAUGCAUCUCAAUUGUCUAGAGCAGUGUUUCCCAAACUUUUUAUAGUCCCGUGCCCCUUCAAACAUUAAACCUCCAGCUGUACCCCCUCUAGCACCAGGGUCAGUGCACUCUCAAA